GUUUUACAGCUCAUCGUCUUCAGGCAGCGACGAGGAAUUUGAGAACCUUUUGUCUAGGAUGAGACUCCCCAGAUCUGCUUCAUGUUGCACACCAAGGACAAGAAACAGCAGUUCAAAGGAGAAUUUUUUUAGCUCUCCUGAAGAUAAGCAUGGACCUGCAGCAAAAGGCAAAAUCACGACCUCUCCACGCAGCAAAAGCCUCCAAUGGUGCUGGAAGGGCGCCUGCCUGCUCUGCUGGGUCUGUUUUCUCUCCACUCCCGUUCAGUGACCCCGACCGUGAGGACAAUCCCGUCUUUGUCGGAGGCCUCCCGGGGAAUCCCUCCCAUCGCCUGUUCCUUACCUCUCCCCGGAGGGGCUCUGCUGCUUCCUGGCGGAGGCCAGACACUUUCCUCCCCCAGAGCCAGCGGCAGAGCUCAAGGGAGCUGGAGAGCUCCGAUGAGGAGAUGGAGAGCCUUGUGGUUCGCAUGAAGCAAAGGAUGUUCUUCCCCGAAGCCAAGAGGGCCGGGAGCCCGCAAAGCCCCCGUGAGGAGAGAGGCCUGGGGUCUUUCCUUGAGAGCCCAGCCGCGGCUGCCAAGAGAGAGGGCAGCCUUUCCUCAGCAGCCGGGAUCCCUGCUCCUGCUCGCGCACCACGUUCCCCUGCGACUUCCAAGAGCACGGCCCUCGUGGAUAUUACUCAGUCAGUUACUCAGACGCCAAAGAGGGGACCCUGCCACGUCCAGGGCUGCUUCCUGCAGGAGUUGUCAGACCCAGAAUCCCAACUAGCAAAACAUUUCCGGAGCGAGAAAGAAGGGCUGGCUCAAAGGCUGUAUUCUUUUUACAACCGUUCUAUCUUUGAGGGAAAGCUGCCUGAGAGAAUGGAGAUCACCUGGAAUAAGAAGAUGCAGAAGACAGCAGGGUGCUGUGUAACAGGCCAGCUGAAGGAACCAGAGACGCAGCGUUAUGCCAGGAUAAUGCUGUCAGAAAAAGUCUGUGAUUCUGCAGAUCGACUUCGAGACACCCUCAUCCACGAACUGUGUCAUGCGGCGACGUGGUUGAUCCACGGUGUUCGAGACGGGCACGGGCGAUUCUGGAAUUUAUAUGCCAAGAAGUCUGCUACGAUUCAUCCGGAGCUCCCAGUGGUCUCACGGUGCCACAACUAUGAGAUAAAAUACAAGUUUACUUAUGAGUGCUUACAGUGCAAAAACACAAUUGGGCGCCACUCCAAAUCCCUGGACACACAGCGCUUUGUCUGUGCUUUUUGCAAGGGGCAGCUGGAGCUUUGCCAGCCCAAGCUCAAAGAUGGCACCCCGGCCAAAGCCCCACUCGCUCCAUUUGCAAAAUACGUGAAGGAAAACUACAGUUCCGUGAAACACUCUCAGCAGGGCCUGAGCCACGGGGCCAUAAUGAGGAAGCUCAGUGCGGACUUCGCCUCCCGUACUUGAUUGAACGCCUGGCAGGCAGCUCCAGACCAAUGGUGGCAGAAUGAGGUUCUCUGAUGCAGAGGAGGAGACCGAGGCCGAUGGAAAACCAUUGUCUUAAUUCGGCCUUUUAAAUGCUAUUUGUAUGUUACAUGUAUUUGUAUGUGUUCAUUCUCUCCUAGAGCGUCGAAUCAAGCAUAUGUUAUUAAGUACUAAUAAAUUG